AUGGGACAUAGUGCUUCAUCUCCGAGCGCCACCAGUGGUUCAUGUGCAGAGUCGGUCACCAUGCCGCAGAUGGGCAUCAAUGGUUUCGGACGCAUUGGGCGCCUCACUCUCCGUGCAGCCAUGGAGAAUCCUUGCGUUACGAUUGUUGCAGUCAAUGAUCCGUUCGUGGACCUUGACUACAUGAGAUAUUUGCUGACGUACGAUUCCGUGCACAAUAGAUUCAAUGGUGUAGUCUCCGCGAAAAAGGAGAAUGGCGAAGAGUACUUGGUUGUCAAUGGACUUCAAGUGCGAAUUUUCCACGAAAAAGAUCCUGCUUACAUCCCUUGGGGAUCCGUUGGUGCAGAUUAUGUCUGCGAAUCAACAGGCGUGUUCUGCGACAAGGAAAGGGCAUCGAGGCAUCUUCAAGGUGGGUGCAAGAAGGUUAUCAUUUCGGCCUUUCCGAAGGACAGCACGCCCAUGUUCGUUGUGGGUGUGAACCAUGAGAAGUACACGCCGGACAUGCAGGUUGUGUCGAAUGCCACCAGCGCUGCGAACUGCUUGGCGCCUUUGGCCAAGGUCAUCAAUGACAACUUUGGUAUUGCAGAGGGCCUGAUGACCACUGUCCACGCCAUGACAGCUACCCAGUUGACCGUCGAUGGCCCGUGCCGUGGCGGGAAGGACUGGCGUGGUGGACGUUGUGCCUCGCAGAACAUCAGUCCAUCCUCCACCGGGAUAGCCAAGGCAGUGGGCAAGGUGAUCCCAGCUCUCAGUGGUAAAAUGCACGGCAUGGCAUUCCGGGUACCAACUCCUGAUGUCUCUGUUGUGGACAUGACCUGCCGGCUGGACAAGCCAGCAAGCAUGGAUGACAUCUUUGCUGCCAUCAAGAAGGCUGAGGAAGGCCCCAUGAAGGGCGUUCUUGGCUGGACCGAUCAGGAGGUUGUGUCCACGGAUUUCGUGACAUGUCCGCUGUCUUCCAUUUUUGACAUAAGCGCGUGCAUUGCGCUGAAUGACAAGUUUGUGAAGCUCGUGUCCUGGUUCGACAACGAGUGGGGCUAUUCCAAUCGGCUCGUCGAUCUAGCGAUCUACAUGGCACACGUUGAUGGUAUCAUCCCGCCACCGGCAGUGAUCCAGAGCAUCAAGGAUGCUGCACCUGUCGGCAGCAAUCAGCUGCAGGGCCCUGCCGGGGCGGCAUUGCGCAAGAAGGGCCAGCAGGCGGCCGCGCCUCCGGAGCCAGCGCAGCCUCCGCCGCAGGUGCCAUCCGUUCCUCUGGAGCCUGUGCAGCAGCGGCCACAAGUGCCUCCGGAGCCAGUCGCGCAGCCGCCGAAGGACACUUUCCCGGACGGCAAAGAUGCUGUGCCGGGAAUGUUCUCGGCCAGGUUUGACGGCGGGAUCAUAGAGCACAAGUUUCGGCAUGUUCACAAGAUCCUGAAGGAGCACAACUUUCCGGUCCUGAUGGUCGACGCCGAUGUUGGUGACGACUUCGGCAAAGCAACAACGAAGUAUUUAAACAAGAUUGAGAAAGAAAAGGGUGUCUUGAUUUGUGUUUGCACAGCCCACUAUGCUGAGAAGACCAGCUCACCCUUCUGCUCUUUUAAAGAGUUACAGUUCGCCCUCGACUACAGUCUGGAUGUUCUCCCGCUGAAAGUGGCAGACGUCUACCCCCCACAACCGCCUGGCGGUCCAGAUCAUCAGUACGACAAGGAUUACGAAGCAGAGUCCGUGAUCAAGAUGGUCUUCAGACCCAACCUCGCCUACAAGGACUGCCGCGACCUAGAUGAGAUGCAGAUAGCUCGAGUGAUCGCAGACAAGUUGCUAAAGAAGAAGACGAUGCCCAGGCAAGGCUCGGGACACGGAUGA